AGCUUCGGUACUGACCCCAAGUCCCCAACGACGCCACUUUUUGUUACCUCCCUGACUAUAAAUUGAGACCCGUUCUCUUCUUUCAUCCAUCAAUUCAUUCGAUUCAUAUCAAGAUCAAUCCAUUCAUUCGAUAAUCCUUCAAAGUUCAAAAUAUGCAGAUCUUCGUGAAAACCCUAACGGGGAAGACGAUUACUCUCGAGGUGGAGAGUUCCGAUACCAUUGAUAAUGUCAAAGCCAAGAUCCAGGACAAGGAAGGAAUUCCUCCGGAUCAACAACGGCUCAUCUUCGCCGGCAAGCAGCUCGAGGACGGCAGAACCCUAGCCGAUUAUAAUAUCCAAAAGGAGUCCACCCUUCACCUCGUCCUCCGUCUCCGCGGCGGUAUGCAGAUCUUUGUCAAAACCCUCACCGGCAAGACCAUUACCUUGGAAGUCGAGAGUUCUGAUACAAUCGACAACGUUAAAGCAAAGAUCCAGGAUAAGGAAGGGAUCCCCCCUGAUCAGCAAAGGCUCAUAUUCGCCGGGAAACAGUUGGAAGACGGCAGAACCCUAGCGGAUUACAAUAUUCAGAAGGAAUCGACUCUUCAUCUCGUCCUCCGCCUCCGUGGUGGAAUGCAGAUCUUCGUCAAGACGUUAACCGGGAAAACAAUCACUCUAGAGGUUGAAAGUUCUGAUACGAUCGACAAUGUCAAGGCUAAGAUUCAAGACAAAGAAGGGAUUCCACCGGAUCAACAGCGUCUGAUCUUUGCCGGGAAGCAGUUGGAAGAUGGUAGAACUUUAGCUGAUUAUAACAUUCAAAAGGAAUCGACUUUGCAUCUUGUUCUGAGAUUGAGGGGAGGGAUGCAGAUUUUUGUCAAGACAUUGACAGGGAAGACGAUCACUCUAGAGGUUGAGAGCUCGGAUACGAUUGAUAAUGUCAAGGCAAAGAUUCAGGACAAGGAGGGUAUUCCGCCUGAUCAACAGAGGCUUAUAUUUGCUGGUAAGCAGCUUGAAGAUGGGCGGACUUUGGCUGAUUACAAUAUUCAAAAGGAGUCCACUCUGCAUCUUGUUCUGCGUCUUAGAGGUGGUGUUUUCUGAAAAACAAUCAAUCGUUCAUUAUGUUUUUUUAUUAAGUAACGUGAAUACUUGAUGUUUUAUGUAACAUAGUUUGCUAUUUCAAUGAUAUCAUGGUUUUUAUUUAA